AUGAUUGCCCUUGCAGUGUUACCAGAGGUGGGCCUGGCUGAUGAGUAUGUGCAGAUUAAAGCUUCAGGACUUGCUCCUCUCCAGUUAGUGACCAUUCGCUUGACACUACAAGAUGAUAAGGGAGAGAAGUUCUGGUCUCGUGCUUUCUUCAAAGCCAAUGAUCAAGGAGAAGUGAACCUGGACACAGACCCUGCUCUUGGAGGAACGUAUGUUGGGGUUCAGCCAAUGGGUCUUCUCUGGUCCUUAAAAUCUCUAAAACCAUUUCAGGGGGUAGUGAAGCGAGACGUUAAAGGGAGUCCAUUCCAAUACUCUGUAGACCUGUUUGACUCUUUACAGUUGGGAAUGUUUUCUGACCCACAACCCAUUGUCACCAAGACAUUUGAAAGGUGGUUUAUGUCUCCUGACACCCAAAGAACUCAGAUUCGAGAGGGGAGAAUCCGAGGAGCCUUGUUCUGUCCAUCAGGAAAUGGACCAUAUCCUGGUAUAAUUGACUUAUAUGGAGGAGCCGGAGGGCUGCUGGAAUACAGAGCCAGCCUACUAGCCAGUCAUGGCUUUGUGGUUCUGGCACUGGCCUUUGUUGCAUAUGAUGACCUUCCAAAGACAUUCAAGAAACUGGACCUUGAAUAUUUUGAAGAAGCUACUGAACUGCUCUUGAGGCAUCCCAAGGUUGCUGGACCAAAGGUUGGAGUUGUGGCUGUGUCAAAAGGUGCAGAGAUUGCUCUAACAAUGGCUUCCUGUUUGCCACAGAUUGGUGCUACAGUCAGCAUUAACGGUUCAUGCAAUGCGUAUGGAGGAACAUUUUAUUACAAAGGAAACAUUAUAUUAAAAGGGACUCCUUAUGUUCAGGAAGGGCUGAUAAUUACUGAAGAUGGAUUUCUGCAGAUGAAACAGCUGUACAAUGAGAAAAAUGCUAUUUCUAUUCCAGUAGAAAGGGCCACAGGCCAUAUACUUUUUGUCGCUGGGGAAGCAGAUCAGUAUUACAAUAGCAAAGGCUUCGCUGAACAAGCCUUCACCAGGCUGAAGAAACAUGGUAAGAAGAAUGGAAAGGUUAUCACUAUCCCGGGUGCCGGGCAUCUAAUAGAGCCGCCUGGCAUUCCUUUCUGUAGGGCUCGAGACCUUCGUGGUCACAGUGCACCUGUAUUAUGGGGUGGGGAAAUGUUCCCUCAUUGUAUAGCACAAGAAACCGUAUGGAAAAUGAGUCAGGAAUUCCUGCACCAACAUCUUGGACCCUCUAGUAAGCUGUAAGUGAAUAAAUAUACAUAAUGUGUAUGUUUGAUUUUGCAAUAACCCUCAUGUGAUCACAUGACCAGAAAGCAACGCUGGGGAUUGUAGAUGUCUGAUGCAAUGAUGGUCUGGUUAUCUGCUCCCAGACACAAGCACUGCCCUGGGCUUGGGGAAAUAAUUCACUCGCAACAUAAAGCGUAAUUCUGCUAAAUUCACCAUGAGGUCUCUCCAGCUUCACCAAACAUGUUGAUUCACUAAAGCUUAUUCUCUCCACUAAGUCAAUUUCAUCCACUGUUAAUAACAAUCAGCUUCCAAUGAAAUCCAGACACAAUAUAGUAAGAUAAACAGCUCUCAAACUAAAAUCCAGAACCUACACUGGGCUAUAUAACGAGUAGUGCACAUGAGUGAUAAGUAUACGUGCACAUUGGAGCCCUUUGCAGUCAAGUAGAUGAAAACAUGUAAAAACAUUUAUGUAAUAGUUAUAUUUAAUAAAGUGUUUAACUAUGUAUUUA